CCAGCGCCAUUUAGCAAAGCUAUCGCCCUUAAUAGUAAAAAUAAAUUAAUAAAAAAAAAUCCCUAAGCUUUUUUGCUCGUAUCAAGCUUUCUUCCCUCGUUUGCCUCGCUUCGCUUUUGUCUCUGCACCAAAACACGAUAUCGAAGAAGAAGAGGACGAAGCAAAAUGAGUGCUGCGAUGGAAUUGUUAACUUUCAAAAACCCUUACUGCUCGCCAUUGAAGAGAGCUUCUUUUUCUUCUCCAAUGGCCUUAGGUUUGGGCUCAUCUCGGUCUCUCAAGUUCCAAUAUUUGCUUAACCCUAAGAUUUGCACAGUUUCUAUUGAAGCUCCUAAGGGUCUAGGGAUUGGUUCUCAUUCUCUGUCGAGCCGAUCGAUUGUGGCCUUCGCUGCCUCUCACGAAGAAUCGAGAAAUUCAGAGAUUGAAGUGGAGAAGGAAAGCAAUGAUAGUGAAGAAUCACAGGAAGCUUGGAAAAAGGCUUUGGAUAACUUCAAAGAGCAAGCUUUGAAAAUGCAAAGUCUGUCACAAGAAGCGUACAAAGUGUACUCUAAGAAAGCACUUGUCGUUUUGGAAGAAACAUUGGUGCAGUUAGAAAGUCAAUCGGAUAAGAUGGCAAAGGAAUUGACUGUAGAGGCUAAAAAUUUUCUCACAGUAGCUGCUGAGACUUCUCCUGAACCAGUGAAGGAUGUUGUCAGUACAUUUGCUUCAUCAACUGAUGACAUUAAGCAAUUUUCUGAUGUUCGUGACUUCUACAUUGGAAUUCCUUAUGGUUUGCUUCUUCAAGUUGGUGGAUUUCUUUCCUUCAUGUUGACAGGCAGCAUUUCUGCCAUUAGGUUUGGUUUCGUUCUAGGUGGUUUUCUUUUGGGCUUAAGCUUACUGAGUUUACAAUCAUACAGGAGAGGAGAACCAAGUCCUAUAACAUUGAAGGGGCAGACAGCAAUAGCCGCCGUGCUCUUUCUUAGGGAGCUACGACUGCUGUCUCAGAGAGCUUCAUUCUUUACCUUUGUUGCAACCGUGAUCAGUGGUGCCGCGGUUGCAUUCUAUCUAUAUAGAGUUGUAUUGAAUGCUAAGGAGAGCCGCGAACCAGACUUUGGACCAGGAGCUGAAAAUUGAUAAAUUACUUUCAGAUGGCAUCUAAGAUGAUAAUAACUUUGAAGAAGAGGAUAAGGUUUCAGGAUAGAGCUUGUUUGAAUGGGUUUGAAUGGCUUUACAUUUGCAGAUAUGGAGAAGGGUUACAAUAAUCUUAUGGAUACUUUCCACACGGGCUCCUAAAAACUUGUUUUUGCCUUAUGUACUGUAGGUCUUUAUGAUGUUCGUUCAUUUCUUUAAGGUUUGCUUAUACAGUUUUUUCUGUUAAAAAGUAGUAGUUGUCUUGCCGCUGUGAUAAUUAUUGUGUGGAGCCAAAGUUACAGCUUGAAAUUUGUUAAUACAAGUAUUAGAUCCGACUUUGCUAUCAUCA